AUGGAUCGUUAUGAAAAAUUAACAAGAAUAGGAGAAGGUGCAUAUGGUGUUGUAUUUAAAUGUCGUCAUCGUGAUACUGGAGAUAUAGUUGCUAUUAAAAAAUUUACCGACUCUGAAGAAGAUCCAGUAAUACAUAGAAUCGCAAUGCGAGAAAUUCGUACAUUGAAACAAUUAAAACAUCCAAAUCUGAUCAAUUUAAUUGAAGUUUUCAAACGUAAACGCCGAUUGCAUUUGGUGUUUCAGUAUGUUGAUCAUACAUUAUUGCAUGAAUUGGAGAAACAUACUAAAGGGUUGGAUAGAUUACAAAUAAGAAAAUUAACAUAUCAAUUGUUACAAGCAGUGAAUUUCUGUCAUGCGCAUAAUUGCAUUCAUCGUGAUGUUAAACCAGAGAAUAUACUUAUUACAAAAUCUGGUCAGUUAAAGUUAUGUGAUUUUGGUUUUGCAAGAUUAUUAACUGGACCAGGUGAUGAAUAUACUGAUUAUGUGGCAACACGAUGGUACAGAGCACCAGAAUUACUCGUUGGUGAUACACAAUAUGGUACACCAGUAGAUAUAUGGGCUAUUGGAUGUGUUGUUGCUGAAAUGUUGACUUCUCUACCAUUAUGGCCUGGUCGAUCAGAUUUAGAUCAGUUGCACUUGAUUACACAAACAUUGGGUGAUUUGGUACCACGUCACAGAGAAAUCUUUGAGAAAAAUUGUUUUUUUAAAGGUUAUAAAUUAAUUGUUCCUGAAAAUCGAAAAGAUUUGGGUGAGAAAUUCACUUCGUUACAACCGCCAAUUACUUCGAAAGAAUUAAAUUUUUUACAGAGCUGUUUAAGCAUGGAUCCUACAGAACGACUUAAUAGUGAGGCAUUGUUAAAACAUCCAUAUAUGGAAAUGCACGGAAGACACCCACAUUAUUAUCAUGGUGAAUUAAAACAAGUAUGUAGUUCAUGUGGAGAUGGUUAUAAUAAUCAUGGAAUGAAAAAAAAAGCUGAACGUAAUUUCAUUCAAAAUUCACAAAAUAAACCAGUUAUGAUUAAUCAAAUUAGUACUGGGACAAUGAUCCCAAGACGUAAAUAUCAACAACAGCAAAUUCCGCAACAAUCUACUGAUCGAAAUCAAACAACUGCUACACCACAAAAUGAGUCCAAUUCAAUUUCACCGACAUGUUUCCCUCCAACUAGUAGUAUUACUCCAAGUUUUAAUGCUGGUCGAACAAAUUGGUUUGUUCCAGGAAUUGUUGGUCAAAGUCUAUAUAAUCCGUCGCAAAUAGGACUGCCUGCUCUGCCAACUAAUCCACAUUUACAACCAAUCCCAGUAACUACUACAUCUACACCAUCAAACAACAAUGCUCAAUCAAUGAUGAUGGUAACAGGUAAUCAGAAAUCUAAUUUAGGAUGGAAAUAUCCUAAAUCAAAUCAAAUGAUUAUGACAUCAACAAACAGUAACAAUUCGAUAUCAUAUUUCCCAAAUCCGGACAUUAAUAAUAAUAAUAACAAUAAUAAUAAUAAUUCAUCAAAUAUAGACAAUGGGCAUAAUUCUAACGAUACAAACGUUGCACACAGUACACUUCAAUCAAAUUUGAUUGGAUUACACCUACCGAACAUAUAA